CGCCUCCGGGCGAGUGCGAGGGCCCGUCACGAGCGCGUCAGGGCUCAGCGAGCGGCUCCGACCUUUCCGCCCCGCCGUAGCGGCGGCGGCGGCGGGGGGGACGCGGGGGGGAGGUGGGGACAGGCGCCUAUAAAUGCGGCUCCCGGCCCCGCGGCCCGGCACACACCCGCCGGCCCCGCGCUCCGGCCCCCCGCGGCGGCCUGGCCCGGAAAGCCGAGCCGGGGCGGCGGAUCCGUUGCGGCGGGUGGCUCGGGUAACACGCCCGCCCGCCGCGGGGGGGGUGGGACCGGCCCCCCGCACUGUAAGAGAGAGCCCAGGCAUGAAAAAAUCAUGAGGCAACCAAUCCCCGGGACCUAUUUUUGGGAACAAUAGCUCCGGCGGAGCGCCGACACCGGAGCCGCCGGCACGGCGGGGGGGGGUGGCGGCAAUCAGGGCCGCGGCGCGGGGCCCCCCGGGCCCUGCCACCCCCCCGGGCCCUGCUGCCAGCUGGGGACGGGAGCCAGGCGUCCGCAUCCCGGCCCGAGCUCUCCCGCGUCCCGCAGUCCCUGCCCGCGGUGCAGCGCACUGUCACUCGUGCAAUGAGUUUGAGGCAGCCUCAGCCCCGCGCCGGGCACGUCCACCGCGGGGAAGGGGCCACGGUGACCCCGACGAGCCGCUGGCGGAGGGAUUUGGGGCCGCGGGACAGAUGGAGGCCGAGGGCCCCAAAGCGGGAUAAAAGGUUUAAGCUAAUCAGCAGGCCCGGCUAAUUGGUAAGGCGCUUAGGGGCCGGCCGGGAGGCAGCGCCCGGCUGGAGGUGACCUCGCGCCGAAUCAGAGGCGCCGGUAACCCAAGCCCGCCCGGGCAACGGAUACGCCGGCCGGCCGCCCGGAUCGGGUUCCCCCCCAAGUUUUCCACCCGCGGCGACGGGGCUGGCGGGAGCCGGGGCCGGCGCGGCGUGCCGGGGACCCGCCGGCGGUGCCCCCUCGCGCCGGGGGCUCCAGCGAAAGCCCCGCUGCAGGUUGCGAUCUGGACCGGCUUUGUAAUCCUACCUGCGCCUAAUCGCCCACCCCCCCUCCAUCGCCGCGCCGCGGGGGCCGUCGCCGUGCCGCCCCGCCGGGCCAGUGCGGCAGCGACGCCAGCGCCGACGGGCCCGUCACCGCGGCCGCUGCGCGCCAGCAGCCCCCGGCAGCCCCCUCCGGCGGAAGAUGCCAACGAAUGGGAUCCACCAGGUCCUGAAGAUCCAGUUCGGGCUCAUCAACUGCGAGAGCCGGUACCUGACGGCGGAGACCUUCGGCUACAAGGUCAACGCCUCGGCGCCCAGCCUCAAGAGGAAGCAGAUAUGGACGCUGGAGCAGGACGAGGCCGACGGCUCCGUGGUCUUCCUCAAGAGCCACCUGGGCCGCUACCUGGGCGCCGACAAGGACGGCAAGGUGCAGUGCGAGGCGGAGAAGCCGGGCCGCGAUGAGCGCUUCCGCAUCAUCACGCAGUCGGACGGGCGCUGGGCGCUGCAGUCGGCGCCGCACCGGCGCUUCUUCGGCGGCCGGGAGGACCGGCUCUCCUGCUUCGCCCCCAGCGUCACCGAGGGCGAGCUCUGGACCGUGCACCUGGCCAUGCACCCCCAGGCCAACCUGCUGAGCGUCAGCCGCCGCCGCUACGCCCACCUCAGCGCCCACGAGGACGAGAUUGCCACCGACAGCAACCUGCCCUGGGGGGUGGACGCCCUCAUCACCCUCUGCUUCCAGGACAAGAAGUACUGCCUGCGCACCGCCGACGAGCGCUACCUGCGCAGCGACGGCACGCUGGUGCCCGAGCCCGGCGCCCGCACCGCCUACACCCUCGAGUUCAAGGCGGGCAAGCUGGCCUUCAAGGACUGCGACGGCAAGUACCUGGCGCCCACGGGGCCCACGGGCACCCUCAAGUCCGGGCGCAGCUCCAAGCCGGGCAAAGACGAACUCUUCGACCUGGAGGAGAGCCACCCCCAGGUGGUCUUCACCGCCGCCAACGGCAGAUUCGUCUCCAUCCGGCAAGGCGUCAACGUCUCAGCAAACCAGGACGAGGAGCUGAACCACGAGACCUUCCAGCUGCAGAUCGACCGCGACACCAACAAGUGCAGCCUGCACACCGACACCGGCAGCUACUGGACCCUCGUGGCCCAUGGGGGCAUCCAGGCCGUGGCCACCGAAGCCGCCGCCAACACCAUGUUCGACAUCGAGUGGCGCGGCCGGCGCGUGGCCCUGCGCGCCAGCAACGGCAAGUACAUCUGCACCAAGAAGAACGGGCAGCUGGCGGCCGUCAGCGACGCUGUGGGUGAGUGGUGGCUCCGUGGGGCCGGGGCACGGUGGCGGCAUGCCGGGGCGCUCACGGCCGCUCCCGCCGCAGGGGAGGACGAGGAGUUCACUCUGAAGCUGAUCAACCGCCCCAUGCUGGUGCUGCGGGGCGAGCACGGCUUCGUCUGCUACCACCGCGGCUCCAACCUGCUCGACUCCAACCGCUCCGUCUACGACGUCUUCCACAUCGUCUUCAGCGAUGGCGCCUACCAGAUCCAAGGCCAGGGGGGCAAGUUCUGGUACGUGGCGAGCAGCGGGGCAGUGUGCAGCGACGGUGACCUCUCCGAGGACUUCUUCUUCGAGUUCCGGGAGCGCGGGCGCGUCGCCAUCAAAGGGAAGAACGGGCGGUACCUGCGCGGCGACCCGGCCGGCACCCUGCGCGCCGACGGCGAGUCCGUGCUGCGGGCCACGCUCUGGGAGUACUGACCGGCGCCGGGCCACCGCGGCUCACGGCGCGGGCGAGGAUCGCGGCAGAGCCCGCGGUGGCACCGUCCAUCCCGGCUGUGCCCCGACCCCCCCCAGCCCCGGCAUUAAAGUCCGUCUGGAUUGCA